GUUUGCUACCUCAUUCCUCCCGAGGUAAAGGCUCGAUACAGAGGACUGCGGGCGCGUUGGGCACAUGGCGGCAGUUCGUUACACGGCCUGUGAGGGUGGAAAUAUCGUUUUGAUGCCUUUGGAGUUCUUUCAAUGCAAAAGCCCAAAGCUUUACCGGCAGCAGGACCAGGAAGGACUCGCACUCUUCACUCCUGCCGAUGUCGGGCAUCUGGACAAAAACUCUAACAAAAAAGUGUUGCAGCAGUGGAUCAGAACCGGAUCGCCCCCCCGGCUUGUAACGCUCCUGUAGUUUGAGUCUCUACACCACACGAAGCUUCCAGCAGCAGAACCACAGCUCCGCACGUGUACGAAUCAGCCAACCCUCCGCUGUAAACUCCACGCAGUCAGGAUGGUGGAGGAGCGCAUCUACACCGCCACGGGCAUGGCCGCCAGGCUGAGGAGCCAGUGGGAUCGGGAUGAAGGUCUGGGGCAGAACGACAACGCGGUGAAGUUUCUGGGUCAGGAUUACGAGUCUCUGAGAGCCCAGUCCCUGCAGAGUCGGAGGCUGUUCGAGGACAACCUGUUCGCCUGCGCCUCGUCGUCCCUGGGAUUCGACGAGCUCGGCCCGAAAUCCUCCAAGACCCAAGGAGUCCGCUGGAUGAGACCCACGGAGUUCUGCAAGCGGCCCGAGUUCAUCGUAGACGGAGCGACUCGCACAGACAUCUGUCAGGGAGCUCUGGGCGACUGCUGGCUGCUGGCUGCCAUCGCCUCGCUGACCUUAAACAACUCCCUCCUCCACCGAGUGGUUCCUCACGGUCAGGGCUUCCAGCAGGGAUACGCCGGCAUCUUUCACUUCCAGUUCUGGCAGUUUGGCGAGUGGGUGGAGGUGGUGAUCGACGACCGGCUGCCGGUGAAGGACGGGAAGCUGCUGUUCGUCCACUCAGUGGAGGGGACGGAGUUCUGGAGCGCGCUGCUGGAGAAGGCCUACGCCAAGCUGAACGGCUGUUAUGAAGCUCUGUCGGGCGGCAGCACGUCGGAGGGGUUUGAGGACUUCACCGGCGGCGUGACGGAGAUGUUCGAUCUCGCGAAGGCGCCGUCUGACCUCUACAGCAUCAUCAAACGGGCCAUCGAGCGCGGGUCACUGCUGGGCUGCUCCAUUGACAUCACCAGCACACGAGACAUGGAGGCCGUCACCUUCAAGAAGCUGGUGAAGGGACACGCCUACUCUGUGACCGCAGUGGACGAGGUGGUGUACAGAGGAAACAUGACCAAGCUGGUCCGCAUCAGGAACCCCUGGGGGGAGGUGGAGUGGACCGGGGCCUGGAGCGACAACUCCAGAGAGUGGGACGGCGUGGAUCGCUCCGUCAGAGGUCGGCUACAGAACCAAAGCGAGGACGGGGAGUUCUGGAUGUCGUUCAGCGACUUCCUGCGCGAGUUCAGCCGCCUGGAGAUCUGUAACAUAACGGCCGACGCCCUGCAGAACAGCCAGCUGAAGAAGUGGAGCUCCUCGCUCUACCAGGGGGAGUGGAGGCGAGGCAGCACAGCAGGGGGCUGCAGGAACUUCCCAGCCACUUUCUGGCUCAACCCUCAGUUCAAGAUCGCGCUGCAGCACCCGGACGCCCCCGGCCAAUCAGAGUGCAGCUUCCUGGUGGCCCUCAUGCAAAAGGACCGCAGGAAGAAACGGCGAGAAGGCAAAGACAUGGAGACCAUCGGGUUCGCUCUGUACGAGGUUCCAGAUGAGUUCGCGGGCAGGUCCGGGGUCCAUCUGAAGCGGGACUUCUUCCUCACCCACGGCUCCAGCGCUCGCUCCGAGCUCUUCAUCAACCUGAGGGAGGUCAGCUCGCGGCUGCGGCUGCCGGCGGGCGAGUACAUCAUCGUCCCCUCCACGUACGAUCCCAACAAAGAGGCCGACUUCGUCCUCCGAGUUUUCUCUGAGAAGCCGGCUGCCUCCGAGGAGCUUGACGACAAGGUGGAGGCGGAGCUGCCCACAGAGAUUGAGCUGGAUGAGAGCCAGAUCGACGCCGCCUUCAAGAAUCUGUUCAGGCAGCUGGCGGGGCCGGACAUGGAGAUCAGCCUGACGGAGCUGCAGACCAUCCUCAACAGGAUCAUCAGCAAACAUAAAGACCUGAAGACGGACGGCUUCACCAAAGAAGCGUGUCGCAGCAUGAUCAACCUCAUGGACACGGACGGCAGCGGGAAACUGGGCCUGACGGAGUUCCACGUCCUCUGGGAGAAGGUUAAACGCUACCUGACCAUAUUCAGGCAGUUCGACUUGGACAAGUCGGGCACCAUGAGCUCGUAUGAGAUGAGGAUGGCUCUGGAAUCCGCAGGGUUCAAGUUGACCAACCACCUGUUCCAGCUGAUCAUCCUGCGCUACACCGAGGCCGACAUGGCUGUGGACUUUGACAACUUUGUCACUUGUCUGGUCCGACUGGAGACCAUGUUCAAAACCUUCAAGACCUUGGACACAGACGCAGACGGACAAAUAACCCUCAACUUCUACCAGUGGAUCACCCUGACCAUGUUUGCCUGAAGAUGAGCGGACAUCUUGUAACUCCAGCAUCCGGCUGCAGCUCCCAGUAUCUUUCACAAGUGCCUUUUCUCCUGCGCCUCCUUGUCCUCCACGCUGCGAGUCCCUCCUCCGGGACUAAAGACUGACGACCCAUCGUUACUGUGCCUGUAUCACAAACAUCUGCCGACUCUUCCCGUCCCAGCAGCAGGAAGCGCUCUUCUUUAGCCUGGCAGCCAACGCAGCGUUCAGAGCCGUUCAGGUGUUCCUCUGUAGCAGACCUCUAGGGGGCAGAAGUGAUCCUAUUUUAGAGGGUGGAGACAAAACCAAACUUUUAUCGUAAAGUAAAUAAAAUAAAUAAAAACAUUUCUCAGUAGCAGACCUGUCGGGGGCCAAAGUUAUGUUAUUGCUUUAAUUUCAGAAUCUGGAGACCAAAAUUUAGUUUUUAUCGGAACUUUCACUUAAUGCAGAAAUACGUUGUUAACUCGCCACACAUCUGGUUUCUAAAGUUACUGCAGCCGGUUGUUACUGUUUGAAGAAGCUAACUACGAGCCUCUAACUUGGUUUUACAGGACAAACCUGACCAAGACAGUCAAAGAUUUAAGUCAAUAAAUUGGUUUAAAUAUGUUUACAAAUAUGUAAAAUGCAUUUAUUUUGUCGUUUAGCAAAAUGCGUCUUUUCAUCGAUAUAUUUGUUUUGUUUUUAUUAAGGGAAAGAUUUAAGUUUCAUUGUUUUGACCUGAAUUAUCUCUCAUGGUUUUUAUUUUAUGAGAAAGUUAAACACACACAAACACACACAAACACACACAUUUUAAACACACACAAACAAACACACUCACCCUUGGAAAUUGUGCCAAAACUCAUUUGUAAUUUUGUAUUCUUUUAAUCUACAUUGAACCAAAAGUGUGAAAGUUUGCUGUCAUAUUUUGGUCAUUUAUGAGGUUUACUUAUGAAUAUUAUGAUAUAAUUCUUCUCAUUAAUGAUCAUUCUUCAUCAUGUAGCACCAGAUAUUAAAUGACACUUCUGCAUGACCACAUUCGUCUGCUGAUUGACUUGUUAAAGACGGGAAUCGGACCUCCUGUCGAAGGGAAUGUGCAGAUUCCUCUUCUCCUUUUCACGCUGCUUGAAGCUCAGAUUCUCUCAGAGCCGGUGGUCGGCGGAGAGUUGGUCAGCUCGCUCUUCUUUCCUCAUCCGAGAUCUGUGCUCGUGAAUGUGCGUACUGUGUGUUUGGAGAGAUCUGCUGGUCUGGAGACGUUCAUCAGAAUGGGUUUGAGUUCUUCAGUGAAUCUAUUUAGCUUUCAAACAUACUACUUAUCAUUAUGCAUGGCACUUUCUACUGACUGUUUGACAAAAGAAUACUUUUAUAAAAUGGCAGAAGAUGAAAAAGGGCCUUGUUAGUUCCUCCUGUCAGAGGGAACACGUCAGUACUGACAGAUGAACAGUUAUGCAAGAUGAAUGGAGAUGCAGUGAGCAGUGUGAACUGUGAAACCUCGUGUUUCUGCCUGAUUCUGCUCAACCGGGGGAGCAAAGGUUUUAUUUUGAAGAGCUGUAUUAAAAAAGGUCAGUGUCAUCAACCCAGAGAUUAACCUGCAAGUGUUUGUUCUGCCAAUUGACCAGUUUUUAACUUUUAACAUGGAAGAGCUGCAUUUUUUCAAUAUUUUUCAUUCGUGUGCUCCUGUGAAAAUCCUGCAGCCUCGUCCAGAGUCUGUGCAGAUUCACGCUUAUGCAACAUCAGCUCAUGUUUACAGUGGAACCUUGUGGUUCCCUUUGGACCCGCUCAUCAUGCAACAUGUUGGUUUACUGUUCAGCUUCCUGUCAAACUUCAAUCACUCUCUGAAAAUAAAAACGGGAGGUUUUCACCA